CCACGUGACGCGGGAGAUGUUAGCGCAGCCAUCAUUUCACCUAAUUCAUGUCCAGCCUAAAAUGGUAUGAGUGCAGGCUACAAGGAGACGGACAACUGCGAUGGAGUAGGUCAAUAUUUUGAAGCCUCACCUGUUCUCAUCCGCCCUGCUCGUUUACCGCGUUACAAGUCAACAAGGUGAGCUUUAACCAGCAUCUGGUUUUCUCAUCAGCAGCUAGUCACACAGAAGCUAGUGCUGCUCUUUGCAGUAUCAUCGUGGAGAAGAGGGUCUGAGGCUGAUUUGCUCCCCCCAGUUUUCUUUGAAUUGAGGAGGGGGGAGGAGGAGGAGGGGGUGGAGGAGGAGAGGGAGGGGACUGUAUUAAAACUCAGAGCAUGGGGCAGAAAGUCCCAGGUGGCAUAAAAACCAUUGACAUGCGGGACCCGGCAUUCAGUCCCUUGAAACUGGAGCUACAGGCCCUAAAUCACACAAAGCCGUCCCGGCUGGAUCUGCUACUUGACAUGCCACCUGUCAGCCUGGACGUCCAGGUGCAGCACUCGUGGAACAACGAUGACCGCUCCCUCAACAUCUUCGUCAAGGAUGACAACAAGCUAGUGUUUCACAGGCAUCCUGUAGCGCAGAGCACAGACGCCAUCCGGGGCCGUGUCGGCUACACUCGGGGACUGCAUGUCUGGGAGAUCAGCUGGGCUAUGCGCCAGAGGGGUACUCACGCUGUGGUUGGCGUGGCUACAGGUGAUGCCCCACUACAUUCAGUGGGAUACACAGCAUUGGUAGGGAACAACACAGAGUCCUGGGGUUGGGACCUGUGCAGGAGUAAACUGUACCACGAUGGCAAGAACCACCCAGGAAAAACCUACCCGGCCUUCCUGGAGCCUGACGACACCUUUAUAAUACCAGACUCCCUAUUAGUGGUCUUGGACAUGGAUGAGGGCACUCUGGGUUACAUAGUGGAUGGACAUUAUCUAGGUGUAGCAUUCAGAGGACUUAAAGGCAGGAAGCUGUACCCUGUGGUGAGCGCCGUGUGGGGACACUGUGAAAUACGAAUCCGAUACAUAAAUGGACUUGAUCCUGAGCCCCUCCCCCUGAUGGACCUGUGCAGGCGUUCAGUGAGGGUGGCUCUAGGAAGGGACCGCCUGAGUGAAAUCCAUGCACUGCCCCUCCCGGCCUCUCUCAAGAACUACCUGCUCUACCAAUGAUGGGGUGGAUAAUCACACCACACAGAGCACACCGUCCUCUCUGUCUCAUAUUUCUCUGGGAUCCUACUUGGGUUGAACCUGUUUGGCAACAUUGCUCAAGCCUCCAGGACUGACUCGAUCUCAUGAAGGAUGCUUCAACAAACCUCAGUCGACAGCAAUUUUCUUUGUUGUUGGAAGUAUGCUUCUGUGUCAGUGGCUGGACUGCAUUUGGUUUUCUAAUCCUGUUUUUAUGACUUUUCUCAGUUGUAAUCUGUAACUUCUUAAAUCAGGAAUCACUGAACACUAUGCACAUGCUGGUCCAGACGAUGCCCUGACAGUUGCCAUUUUGGUGCACCUCCUCCAGUUUGUACGCUGAUGUGGGAUAAGUGGUCAGUACCUCUGCUCUGACCUCAAGACUUUGUAAUAGCGAUUAUCAAUUUCUCGCUCUCUUAGCAUUUUAAAUUAAACUGUCACGUGUUGUCAAACAGAUUAACUAAAGGAAAUCAAAAUAUUAACUCUGAGUUAGGGAAAUACAGUUGUGCACUUUUAGUGUGUGACCACAUGGUGGCAGCAUACACAUCUCAACAUGUACGAUCGAUAUUUCAAGAUGAGAUCCUAGUUGCUUUUAGAAAUAAAUCAUGAGUUUUAAAUGGACCAUAAACUAAAGCUGCUGCUCACACAGCACAGGAGGGAGAUGCUGACCACUCCACUGUGAGUUUAUAGUGCAGUGGUGAUGAAUGCACUGUGAAGUAGCAGAAGAGCAGCUGCAGCCACUCACUGCACUAUCAGGUUUCUUUGCAAUAUGGAAGUGCCUGUUUGUUUACCAUCAGGGCAUCAGAUAGGAACAUCAUUACUAGAAUUUUUUUAUGGAAGAGUAAUGUCACUGUGAUUACUUGUAGCAUGCAUCUGCAGGAGAAUUUUCUCAAUAAGUCACAAUAUCCCUUAUUUAUCUUUUCAUCACUCCCUGCUUUUUGUAGUGCCAGUUGUUUUCAGCUACAUACCCUCAAAUCCCAUUAAUAGGCAGGUUUUCAUUCCAAUCAAACACUACAAAAGCUGAAUUCACUGGUUGGCACACGUUCAGCCAAAGAUUGGGAAGCAACCAGUGAAAUAAUGUGAUUUAGUAAUUGCUGGGAUGGAACUGUGCGUGUUCUUGGGCCUUGCUGGCAUACAGCUGAGAACCACUGUUGUAGUGUUUGUGUUUUAGGACUCAUUAAGGGGGAUAGAAGGGCUUGAGAGCCACAAUAUGAAAGUAAAUGGUGUGGUGCCUUUUUAAAUCAGUAACCUUUUAGAUUUAAGGCAUGAUAAUGACACAAGACAAUCCACAAAGUGCUGUAAAAGUGUGAUGCAAAGAGGGUCAAAUUGCCAAUACAUUGUCAAAUGCCAUAUCAUAGUCAUGUUCACUCUAGUAUUUUUAAAUGUGCAGAUGUGGUCCUUGUUUAGUACUCUGUUGAAUGUGGACACACUGUGCCACAUCUUACUUCUCCUUAUUGCUUGCAGCUGUCAUUUGUAUUCCUCAUUGUAGAUUUGUUUGUAAGUAUCUAUUAAAGUUUAUUUCAAAUUAUGA